AUGGCGCUCGGUAGAUUCACGAGCCCGUGGCGGCUUCUGGCAGUGAUGCCGGUCACGGUUACGAGCAGUCCGCAUCGAGCGGUCAAGUUUCCUGAGUGGCGUGAUGCAAUGGAUGCGGAGUUCAAUACCUUGGUCCAUAAUCAUACGUGGCGUCUCGUUCCAUCUCAACCAGGUAUGAAUGUUGUUGGUUGCAAGUGGGUUUUCAGAACCAAACGGAAGGCCGAUGGUUCAAUAGACCGUCAUAAAGCAAGGUUAGUAGUCAAGGGUUUUAAUCAGUUGGAUAUUCACAACGCCUUUUUAAAUGGCGAGCUAGUUGAAACUGUUUACAUGCUACAGCCACCUGGUUAUGAGGAUAAGUCGUUACCUAAUCAUGUUCGUGAUAUGGGUGUGUCUUCUUUCUUCUUGGGAAUAGAAAUUAUCCCGUUAUCUGGCGAUAUGCUUUUAUCCCAACAACGGAACAUGAAGGAUAUUCUCAAACGUGCUGGCAUUAGGGCUAUGGAAAGCAUCAGUGCAACUGGACACCCUCCAACCUCAACUGAUGAGGAGCAUGGAGUAGAAGCUCAAGGUACUGAGAGAAAUCCUCAGACAAAUCCUAUGCCUUCUCCUCCUGUUGUUCCUACAAAGAAGAGGAAAGAGGUGGAGUCUAGAUCUAUAGUAUGGGAUCAUUUUGAAAAGAUCCGUGCUCCACCUGCUGAAGGUGAAACUGAGGGACCAGUAGUUGAGGGCAAAUGCCUUUAUUGUGCCAAAAUCUAUAAAUGUGAAAGUAAAAAGCAUGGCACUUCCUCUUUGAAAAACCAUAUGAAGGCCUGCCUAAAAAAUCCUCAUUGUAAGGACACAAGGCAGUCUCUUCUCACCUUCAAUGCCUCUGGAACAGAAGCUUGUGAGGGGGUUUUGGGGACUUGGGUUUUCAACCAAGAGGCUAUUAGGAGGGCAUUGUGGACCAUUUCUAGAGACAUUUAUCAGAUUUACCUAGAUGAGAGACUAACCCUAAAGAAGUUGUUUAAGGUGAGCACCCAAAGGGUCAGCUUGACCACUGAUACAUGGACCUCUGUCCAAAGGAUCAAUUACAUGUGCAUUACUGCACAUUUCAUUGAUGAUCAGUGGAAGCUAAACAAAAAGAUCAUUUCCUUUGUCCCAAUUUCUUCUCAUAAGGGAGAGUAUAUAGCCAAAGCCCUUGAGAGUUGUCUUCUUGAUUGGGGGAUUAGAAAUGUGUUCACUGUUACUGUUGAUAAUGCCUCUUCAAAUGACACAGCUUUGGGGUUUUUCAAGAACAAACUUCUGUCUUGGGGUGGGUCUUCUGUUAGGGUUCAAUAUAUGCACAUGAGGUGCAUAGCCCAUGUGUUGAACUUAGUGGUCCAGGAUGGGUUGAGAUAUGCAGGUCCUUCUGUUAAGAAAGUUAGAGAUGUUGUGAGAUGGGUGAGGAGUUCUCCUGCCAGACUUAAGAAGUUUAGAGAGAUUGCUGUGCUUAAUGGGGUGGAAGCCAAAUGUGCAUUACAACUUGAUGUUCCAACAAGAUGGAACAGCACAUACAUGAUGCUUAACACUGCCCUUCAAUACCAGAGGGCCUUUGAAGCUUAUGAGAAUGAUGCCUCAUUGAAUGCUGACUUACCUGAUUCUAUUCCAAACUUUAUGGAUUGGCUUUCUGUGCAAAGCUUAGUCCAUUUCCUGAAAGGCUUCUAUGAGAUGACUGUGAGAAUAUCUGGUUCUCUAUAUGUCACUUCAAAUACUUUCUUUUCUGAUAUUUCUGACUUAGGUUGCAUGCUGGAUGACAUGGUUAACUCUGUUUCAACCUCUAAAAAGGAUAUGGGGUCCCAUAUGAAACAAAAAUUUGAAAAAUAUUGGGGAGAUCCUGAAAAAAUGAACUUCUUGAUAUUCUAUGCCAAUAUUCUGGAUCCUAGGGAUAAGAUUGAGUACAUGCCUGCCCAAUUUGCUCAGUUGUAUGGUGAUGAAAAAGGAAAAUCAUGCUUUGAAAAGGUUCAAUCUUCUAUGGGUAGAAUGAAAAGCCAGCUUAAACAACAGAGAAUGGAGGCUGGUGGAAGCAGUAAACAAACUGAACUCCAGAUUUAUCUAAGUGAAAAAAUAGUGGAAGAUGAAGAAAAUGUGGACUUUGAUGUUCUAAGAUGGUGGAAGGUUAACAGUGAUAGAUUUCCUAUACUCUCUAGAAUGGCAAGGGAUGUGCUGGCUGUUCCCAUUUCAACUGUUGCCUCUGAGAGUGCAUUCAGUACUAGUGGUAGGAAUUGUCCACUGGAGCUGCUGGUUCUUUACCAAGUACUGUUGGAACACUCCCAACAAUUGCUUUACAUCUCUGGUAUUCUGGAAUUCUGGUAUAUCACUUCCCUUCCUCUCAUAUUCUCAUUUCUGUUUAGUUAUGGACUUAUGGCUAUGAUGAUGCUUCCACCAUUUGUCUGA